AUGGGUUCUAUUCAGUCACUAAUAGAUGCUCCAGGAGGCUAUUCCAUUCUUCAAAAAAAUUCAGAAACCCGUCACUGUCGCUUUUGUGGGUCUGCUUAUAAUGAUAUUUGCACAAAAGGUGUAGUUCAUGCUUCAGGUCUGGAAAUUCACCAUCCUGCCGAACUGUGUGGUAUUUGGCUUGGAAAAUUAUACUUAAAUCAGAUUGGAAACCUUCGUUUGCAUGGGGAUUUUCGAGCAUCAUCAAUAUCUCCUUUACAUUGUACAGAAACUGAUGGCAAUUUUGAAUCGCUUCCGUCACCAUUAAUCACACUACCGAAAAGAUCUUGUCCUCCCACAAAGUCUCAUGUUGCAACAUUGCUCCGGCAUACUGACACUUCGAAAUUUCAAUCAACUUUAAGAGAAGAGUUUUUUUCUACAAUGGAUGUCAACAACCUCAGUACAACUCAAUAUGCUGAAUUAGAAGGGUGUCGUAUUAACGGAUGUUUGUUUGUUGAACAUGGGAAUUUGGUUUUCCAGGCUGUUAAUAAGCGAUCACGUAUCCCAUUUCUACUUAUCGACCAGCAAAUGGCUGGAUCCACUAGUGAAUGUGCUUCAUCAACAGUUCAUAGCAAUUCUAAGACGUAUAGCGUAGAUCAAAAUUCACUGCCGAUUUGUUCAUCUGUCGACAAUGGUUCUCAUUCAGUUAGCCUUGGUCGAAUAGGACAGAAGUGUUCAACUACACAUGGAGACAAUCAUUAUGGAUUGACAAACAAAUGCCCUGAAGAUACUAAACCGCGUCUCCCACCACCGCCUUUAAGACUAUCCUGGCCAUUAGUUACACUGCGUCGUUUUGGUUUCUAUGGGAAUAGUUUAUUUAAAGUGGAAACAGGCAGACGAGCUCCACGCGGUGAAGGACUUUAUCUAUUUCGUAUUAAACAUUUGAGAGAAUUUAAAAAAUCAUUUGAGACAUGUGUACAUCAUCGUCGUCAUGAGACCUUGUCAGCGCAUCAUUUGUCAUUAUCAUCACCAAUAAAAUUAACUGCUGCCACCUCUUCCACUGGCAAUCCAGAGACUCGUUCAUGUCAUCGUAAUACCAUUUCUACUAGUCAUCAUAAUCAUAAUAAAAUUGGAAAAUUUUCAUCCAUGAUGUCAUUUAAUAAAAUCUUUCAUAAACCAUCUUCAUCUUAUGGUGGUGGCGGUACAACACCUAUCAUCGAAACAUUGAAUGAAAAUCUGUUCAAUGGUCAAUGUGAUGAAAGUACAAAUACUGUAGAUAAUACUAACAAUAAUAAUAACACAUUACAAAAGCAUAAAAAUCAACAAUGUCCACCAGUUUUAUCGGAAAUCAAUAAUUUGGCCUUUUCAUUCGAUGAUGCAGAGAUUGAUUUACUUCAAAGUCAAAUCGGGCAUAAUAAUAAGAAGAAGAACAAGAGUAGUGAAAUACAACAACAGCAAAGACAAGAACAUCAUGAUCGUGUCUCCUCGAAUUGUUUACACUGGCUUCAAUUACAGAAUUCAAAUAUUAUAGGUUACAAUAAUAACAAUAAUAAUAGUGAGAAUAAUAAUAAUGACACUACUAAUAAUAGAAAUAAUCAACACCAUAGUCUACGGCGUUCUACAUUUAAGUAUUCCUGUCCACAACUUAUUGACACAUCAUCAUUAUCAGUAUCAACAACAAUGAAUCCAGUGAAUUGGAAUGCAGAUUGUGAUACUGUUGAUGGUCGUCACGGAGGUGGUAGUCACCAUCAUCAACACCGUCAGCAACCACAACAGCAGGUUACUCAUCGUUGUCAUGAAGGUAAAGACUGUUGUCAACAACACUGUGUUGUUAUGCAUCAUUUCAAUCGACGAUGUCAGCAUAUUCAUGAAGAAGGAGAUAGUAGGCAUAAUGACAAUAAUAAUAAAGAUAAGAAUUCUAUUGAUUUGUGUGAAACUAUCAGUGAUGAUGAGGAUAUAUCUAACCUGCCGGAAGCACCAUUACCGCCUGUGUACAAUACCGCUAUCACCACUAAUAAUAAUAAUGAUAAUACUGAUAACAACUCAUCCUAUUGUGAUAUAAUUCAAGAGCAAGGUAUCUGUCAUCAAAAAAUCUACGAUAAUAUAAUUGUUCUUAAUAAUAAUAAUAAUGCUAGUGAUAAUGAUAAUAGUAAUAAUGACGAUGAAAGUUGUCAUACACUGAUUCGACGGCCACCAACUGUACCAACAACGACUGCAUCAACAAGUCUUUGUAUAACUCAUCAAAGAUUAGACGCCUUAAAGCUAUCUGAAGAAGAAGAUGAAUACAAAAGAGUAGAGCAGCAGCAGGCUUGUGAAAACAAUUCUGAUAGACAAGAAAAUGUAGAUGGAACAACAGUAAGGAGAGGGAAUAUUGAUGAUGAGAUGUUGACAGGUGGCGGAGAACAGCAAAGGCAAUCACAAACAACUAAUCCUACUGCUAUCGGGACUAGUGAAAAUUCACCUGUCUUAAUGAAACAGUUAAUGUCAACGGUAUCAUGUUCGUCUGAUAUAAAUUUAUCGGAAAUGAUUGAUAAACGCAGUGGCGUCAUUAUAGUAGACAAUAAUAAUAGUAGUACUAGAGAUGAUAUUGUUAAAAAGUGUAAGAAUAAAUCACAAACUCUAAUUCUACCCAGACUACCAUCAUCACUAUCGACGUCAGCAUCAACAUCAUCAUCGUCUAAAAUGUAUCUACACGCAAGACAUGCAAGCCUGCCUAAUCCAAAUAUUUCUAAUACUAAUAGUAAUAAUAAUAAUAACAAUAGUGGUUCCAGUGUUAAUACUAGUCGUCGUGGUCAUAGUGAUGUUGACGAUAUGGAUGUUGGUGUGUCGUCUACUACUGUUACUCCAGGAACUUGUAGAAAAAGUCAAGAAGAGAAUUCAUUUCGUCAACAAAAGAAGUUAUCUUCUGAUUAUUUGUGUAAAAUACAUCGUAAUUUAAGUAAUUCAUCAGAUAAAAGGAAUACUGAUGUUCUAGAUAUGAUUACAGAGCAUGCACCAUAUUAUAAUUUAUCAAGUCCUGAAGCGUUAACUCAUCUUCAUUGCAGUGGAUUGUGUACAUCUCAAACAAUCACGUCGUCUUCAACACCCAAGGAAUAUAAACAAAGAUGUAUUCAUUCAUCGUCUAGUGUAUCAUGUCUUCCAACUACUAUUACUGAUAUUCGAUUAACUCGUCAAACAGUUGAUGAUAAAUCAUUUCUCCUGCACGAUUCACAAUGUUGUAAUGAUUAUCCAUCGCAUAAGAAACAAUCAUCUACAUAUAGUAUGCCUCCUCCUCUCCCUCUUCCUCUUAAUCAUCAACCAUCAUCGCCAUCAUCAUCGUCAAUCUCAAUGUCAUUAACUAUGGUCAAUAAUAGUAAUGGUUCUUUGACAAUGUCAAUGCCAACAACCACGCUGACGAUGACUACGACGACGACACCACCAACCACCACAACUGUUCCACGUAGACUAAAUAACACUGGACAUCGUCGAUAUUGUGAAAGGCCUACAAGUAUGCUGCAUUAUGCUACUUUAGAUUUCGGUCCGAUAACAUCAGAUUUACAUGUAUACAGAAAUGAAAAUACAACAGUAGAUACGACAAUGGAUCAUCAUUCUAAUGGGUACACUAGUUAUGGUAAUAGUAAUAACAAUACCACUUAUGAUAGUCAUAGUUCACAUUAUACUCCUGGUCAUAUUCAAAGAUGUUGUACCAUGACUGAUAGUAGCAGUAAUAAUAAUGUCAAUAGUUCACAUCAUAUCAAUGAUAAUUAUUGUUCACGUAUUUAUGGAACACUAACCGAUACACUGCAUUUACAACAACAUAUGCUAGAUUCACCUAGUCAAAAUCAUUUUUCAAGGUAUACAACCAUAUCAAACACUGGCACCACUACUUCUGCGACAAAUACAACUACUACGAGUCAUAAUAGUAAUAAUAAUAAUAGUAAUGCUCAUGACGAUGAUGUAUGUCAUGAUGAUGGGACAGAUUCUGAUUUACCAUCGAAUUAUGUGGCUAUCUGUCAACUGCAAACAUUGGCUAUGCGUGCAGUGUUGAGUGCAACUACCUAA